AAAUCCCUAGGAAUACCAACAGAAGCAUAAUUCCAAACGGUUCAUUCUCAAACAUGAACCAUAAGAAGAAAACAAUGGCACAGAAUUAAUACAGAGAAGUUGAAAAGUUGAGAAUCUCUACACUAUAUAAAUCACCCACUACAAUUCAACAACCUCCAAAUACAUCAAACCAUCUCGAUCUUGAUCCAACAUUGCCAACAACAACAAUGGCUGGAAAGCUCCCAAGCUUGAAGUCCAAGGCUGUAAUUUAUGAAAACAGCAGCGACGACGAUGACAACGAAGACACUGGAAAUGAUCACCACCUAGGCCUUUCAUUGGAGAAGCUAAACCUCGGUCCAAGGAAGAAGCUUCUUGUUCUUGGCCUAGGUGGGCUGCUUGUGCAUCGGGUUUAUAGCCGUUAUGGUGUCAGGACUAAUGUUCAAACCCGUCGUCGUCCUGAUGGGAUUGCUGGAAACUUUCUUGUAUUCAACAGGCCUUACUGUAGUGAGUUUCUGGAAUUCUGUUUUGAGAGGUUUGAGGUGGGAAUUUGGUCUUCUGCAAAAGAUUGGAACAUAGAUGGUGUUUUGACCACCAUCAAGAGUGGAUUGAAAAGCAAGCUUCUGUUUGUAUGGGACCAAAAACAAUGCACUGAUUCUGGGGUUAUGAGCUUGGAGAAGAAAAACAAACCAAUAUUCUUGAAGGAGAUGAAGAAACUAUGGGAGGAUCGUACUUUGCCAUGGCCUUGUGGACAGUACUCUUCAUCAAACACAUUGUUGAUAGAUGAUGAUCCCUGCAAAGCCCUGCUCAAUCCCCAUAAUACAGCGAUUUUUCCUGAUUCCUACAAGGUUGAGAAUGGCAAUGACACUGUUUUAGGUCCAAAGGGGGAGCUGCUGGAAUUCUUGGAUGGCCUGUCUGAUGUUGACGAUGUUCAAUCUUAUGUAAAAGAGAACCGUGUUGGGCAGCCAGCAAUCACAGAGACACAUGCAGAAUGGAAUUACUAUUCAAAGAUUGUUCCUAAAUUUUGUUAGGAGGAGAUCAACAAAAGAAGACGAUGAUUCAGUUUUACAAUGCAGUGUGAAAUUAUGUGUUGGUAAUACACAGAUUUUUGCUAUGGGUUGAAUAGUGCUAAGUUUUUGGAAUUUGAACGUUGUUAUUUCCUUCUAUGUUGAAAAUUUCUGGUAAAUCUUCGGUUUUUCUUUAUUCGUUGAAUAAGUAUUUCAAUCAGUAGAGAACCAUUUUUUCUAUAUUAACUCGU